CUAAAAAAAGACGACGAUAGAAACCGAAAAAGCUGGAAUUGCCACGUCACGGUGGGAUUACCUGAAUCUCGUCAAUCAAAUUCAGGAUUUUGCCUUCCAAUUACAUUAAAACAUCAAUUCCGCUAUUAGAUCUAGAGAUUACGAUAUUUAUUUACAACUACUGAUCCAAAUGCCGUUAUAAUUUCUUCACUAACAGUAGCAAGAAUGGAGAAACAAUCAGGUGUGAUCGAACACAAGUCUUAUGCUAGAGUUGGAUUGCUUGGAAACCCUAGCGAUGUUUAUUUUGGGAACACAAUUUCUUUCAGUCUUGGAAACUUUUUUGCUAAUGUUGGUUUACAGCCUUCACAAGAUCUUGUUAUUGUUCCUCAUCCUUCUCAUGAUCUCGUCCAAUUCAAUUCAAUUUCUCACCUGGUGAACAGGUUGCAGAAUGAGGGAUACUAUGGAGGAGUGCGUUUACUUAUGGCAAUAGUUAAAAUAUUUCACAACUAUUGCAAGGAAAACAACAUCACCUUACAUGAUGGGAAUUUCACUCUCUCGUAUGAUACUAACAUUCCCCGCCAGACAGGGCUUUCAGGUUCUAGUGCAAUUGUAAGUGCUGCACUGAGUUGCCUUCUUGACUUUUACAAAGUCAGACAUCUAAUCAAAGUUGAGGUAAGGCCGAACCUUGUCCUUAAUGCAGAGAAGGAACUUGGAAUUGUUGCAGGUCUUCAAGAUAGAGUGGCUCAGGUGUAUGGAGGCGUUGUAUAUAUGGAUUUUGGUAAGAAUCACAUGGAUAAAUUAGGUCAUGGUAUAUAUACACCAAUCGAUGUUGAUCUUCUCCCACCUCUUUAUCUGAUCUAUGCAGAAAAUCCCAGUGAUUCUGGAAAGGUGCAUAGUACAGUUCGACAAAGAUGGUUAGACGGUGAUGAAUUUAUAAGAUCAACCAUGGAAGAGGUUGCAAACAUAGCGGUGGAGGGACGUAAAGCUCUUCUUGAGAAGGAUUACAAUAAGCUGACAGCCCUCAUGAAUCAUAAUUUUGACCUGAGAAGGCGUAUGUUUGGAGAUGAUGCCCUUGGAGCUAUGAAUAUAGAGAUGAUUGAAAUUGCUCGAAGGGUAGGUGCUGCUUCCAAGUUCACAGGAAGUGGUGGGGCUGUGGUUGUUUUUUGUCCGGAUGGACCUUCACAAGUGAAGCAGCUGGAGGACGCAUGCCACAGUGCUGGUUUCACUUUCCAGCCAAUUAAAGUUAUGCCUUCGUUUCUCAAUGAAAUUGAUCUUCAAACUCUGGGAUCAAAGUGAAACUAUGACCUGCUUUCCUAAGAUGGAGCCCUCUGUAUUCUUUCACCUUUCAUUGCGCCCUGUUAUUUUAUUUGUUCAGAAUAAUGAUCAUGAGAAUUAUCCAUUUCUUCGCGACCUGAGCAGUCAAAUCCUUUUAUAGCAUACGGUUACAUUUAACCUACAA